GCCGCCUGCGCUGGUGGCCGCCGUUCCCCGUUGCGCGGCCUCCCUGGGCAGGCAGCGGGCCAGCGGGAGGCGGCGUUACUGCCUUUUUUAUUAUUAUUAUUCUCUGCUGAAUGAGAAGGCCCGAAGGGUUUGGGGAGGAGAUUUCCUGCCUGUGUUUGCAUGUGAAUAACUCAGGUUUUGUCUGCUCCGGAAGGCUCCUUGUAGAGCUGGAGAGCUGGUGCUUUGCAGCAUCAAAGCCACGACGCGAGGGCCCUAGGGCGGAGGUUUGGCUUAGUCCUUUCAUGCUGGGGAGCAGAAGGGAGACCCGGCUCCGGCGCCCUGACAAGGGGCUGCUGAUGAAUGCUGCUAUGCUAGUGGUAAUGGUAAGGUGCAAAGCGAACUGUGAUUGCAGUGCACAAUGCUUUUUUCUGUGAAAUUCUGCAUUCUGCGUCUUUAUUUUGGGGUAAACCUGUGUAAGCUUGUUGAUCAAGAAAAAGCACUCCUUGUUAAAGGUGACAGCAUCUUGGCUCUUUCAAGUAAAACGCAAUAAAAUUGCUAAACUGCACGUCUGAGUCAUCAGUAGUGACCAUGAGUUCUCUAGUAAAACCAGGAAAAAAACAAAAUAGCCACUGCGGUCAUUUCUGAAAUAAGGAGGGAGAGGAACAACGCUUAAAAAGCCUUCUGUAUAAUGCUUAUGCAGGCCGUCAUCUUAGCUAUGUGCAACAGGAGCAACUGAUUUCCAAAUCAUGGAUGAUUGGAACAUUGCUCAGGGUUUGGAUGCUAUUAAAAGUGCUAGGUGUUUCCCCUUCUUGCAGCCAGGAAGUUCUGUCAUUACAACACACCCGGCUCCUGCAGCCCAGCAAACUUGGGAAAGAACAUUUUUUGGACAUGCAAGUCAAACGUUAUUGAGAACUGUUAUUUUGCAUUGCAAAAGUUACUCUUCCGGCCGUUUGGUGGCCAAUGGAGUAUUGCAACAGCAAGUUUAUUCUGAGCAGUCCCAGAUUGUUCCCUUCCUGUGGUUGGUGGCUCAGGUAAGGCAUUGCUUACGAUUUCCCGCUUCUGUAAUAAAUGAUGUGAGCAUGAUGUGCCCUCAGCAGUUCUGCCAGGAUAAUGUUUAGUUCAGGAAAUGGAGAAGGGUUUUUUUAGUGAGUUACAUAAUCCAAUGAAUAAUUCUAGCAAUGUAGAUGUUUUCAUACGUUCUUUCCCAGACAAAAUGCAAUUGUGCCAGGAAAAGGAUCACUGUAAUGGAAUAACUAAAGCAGUGCCAGCAAGGACGUGCAGCUUUACCUGUCCCGGAGGAAUUACAUAGUACAAGUUACUAGUGCUGGCUCGUGCAAAGGAAUAUUUCAUGCUUUUGACCCCAGUGGAGCCAUCGAAAUUUACGCCAGGUGACACCCAGCCCCUAGAGCCCUUACAGCUCUCACUGUGAGGUCCUGUGGCUUGCUUCCUCCUCUGUUUGUCAUCUUCAGGGAGGAACAGUGAGCAAGCAGCUCGUAUUUCUACCUUGUGAAGCUGCGCGGUUUCUGCCUAAUUUCCAUUCAUCAGGGCUUUGCCAUCUCUUCAUGUGCUCUUUGUAUCCACCUUGUUAUGUCCCCAUGUUUCCCAGUCUGCUCUUCCUUACAUCUCACCAGAGUAAGGUGUGUGCCAUCCCCUUUUCCUAGUCACACUGGGUGGGGUGACCAGAGUCAUCCCUGAAUGAUGUGGUGGGAUGCUACAGGGUGGCAUCUGCUGCCUGGGCUCUUGCCGCUGUCGCUGCUUUUGCAUCCAUUGGUCGUGUCCCUUUCUAGAGGGGAGGAGAGAAGCUGAGACAGGAAAGGAAGGGAUCAGAGUAUUGAGGCCCCCUGCCAGCACGAAAUGGCAAUCUUAUAGGAUGAUGGCCAAUGUUUUUGUCAGCGCCUACUGCCUAAGCUCUGAGUGUGUGAGAUCCACAUGUACAUUUGAAUGACUAGGGCAGCCCAGGCAUCAUGAAGUGGAUUGGAGCAAAGUGGGCUCCUCUCUUCCUGCUUAGCAGGAAACCUUCACCCUUUUUCCUUAGACUUUCUGCAUAAUUCCCCUCCUCCUGUUCUGACCAGCACCCACCCUUGUCAUUAACUGGCAUCUUCCUGCUAUGGGCUGCAUGUUGCCACCACCCUCGGCUUUCCAGACAGAGCCUGGGGAGACAGCGGUUCAGUUCACGGAGGGUAUGGCAGCGAGGCCUCCGUGGGAGUCCCCAGAAUCACUUGCAUCAGCCCUGCAGGUAGCAUCUCGUCUCAACACGCUCCUGAGCAGGCACACGGCACGCGGGCAUGCAUGGAUGUCGGAGGGACUGUGGUUGGGAGCAUGCUCACUCCGGACUGCGGCGGUGUGGAGGAAACCAUGCCUCCCAAAGCUCCCCAGAAACCAGCUCAGCCCUCAGCAUAUCUUAAGACCAUGUCAAGAGCUGCCCUAACUUGCACCCCCGUUGCAACCACCCCCGCUCCCAAGCUGUCCUCACAGCUAGGAAUAUCUGGGAGAAACACCUCGACCAUGCCUUUGAUGCCGGGCACUCCUCUAGAGGUAGUGUCAAACUGGUUAUGCCUGGUUUUGACCAAGGAGGAUUUCCCCAGCAUGGAGUGAAUUUCCCGGCAUGAUGAGAAUCAGACUCUCGUGUUCUGUCAACACACAAGGCAGUGAGACCCGGCAGACCUCAGUUCUGUGUGUUCGAGACAGCAUCUCCGAGGUGGAGAGCUCACCGGGGGACGAGGAGCAGCUUCGGACGCUCUGAGCUGGUGAGCUGAGGUCACAUCCACAGGGAGGCAGGCAGGAAGGAGCUUCGGGCUGUGGACACAGCCGUCCCACACCAAGUGAAAAGGUCUGCUGUUGUGACCUUUAACGAAGCUGAGUUCCCCUGUGAAAAGCACCUCCGUGCUGACCUCACUGCCACGUGGUAAGCAUUUUCAUUUCCCCUAGCAUCUUUCAUUAAAAUGAAACCAGUCUGCCACUGUCUCUCCUUCCCAGCUGCAUCUCACUUCUACUUUGAGAUCUGAGCAGGCACUUCUAUGCUGCGAGCUGACCCUCUCGGCUGGGAUGAACGGCAGACAGCGUCACUUUGUGCACAGGCUUUUGAGAUACAGCCACAAUUUUUGGCUCCCAUGGCAGCAGCAAACUCUACUCCGCCUGGCUCUUUGGAUCUAAACCAGCCUGGAUUUGCGAAGGAGAUACUGGGCACUAAAUUGGAGGUCAAAUACCUCUGUUCAGAGUGCAAGAAUAUAUUGAGGAGGCCAUUUCAAGCUCAGUGUGGACAUCGCUACUGUUCCUAUUGUCUGAAGAAAAUUAUAAGUUCUGGACCUCAAAAGUGUGCCAUCUGUAUUCAGGAGGGAAUAUAUGAAGAAGGAAUUUCUAUUUUAGAAACAAGCUCAGCUUUCCCAGACAAUGCAGCUCGUCGGGAGGUAGAAAGUCUGCCUGCCAUCUGUAUUAACGAUGGCUGCACUUGGAAGGGGACUAUUAAAGAGUAUGAGAGCUGCCAUGAAGGGAACUGCCUGUUCAUGCUGGUUGAGUGCCAGGCAUGUAAGGGAAUGAUCAAACUGAAUGAAAAGGAACGCCAUUCUGAGCGCGAGUGCCCCGAGAGAAACCUCAACUGCAAAUACUGCAAAUCGCUUUUCUACUUUCCUGAUAUUAAGGCUCACGAUGAAGUCUGCCCUAAAUUUCCAUUGACUUGCGAAGGCUGUGGGAAAAAGAAGAUUCCACGAGAGAAGUUUCAGGACCAUGUGAAGACUUGUGGCAAAUGUAAAGUGCCCUGCAGAUUUCAGGUUGUCGGAUGUGCUGAGAUGGUGGAAAAUGAAAAGCUAUCAGAACAUGAAAGCAAGUACUUGGAGGAGCAUCUGUAUAUGCUGCAGAGUUUUGUGCUGAGCCUCAAGACUGCAUCUGGAGGCCUAAAGCAUCAUCCUGCCCUUUCCUCAUCACAAAGCAACUCCCCACUACUGGCAGCAAAUGCUCUGUGCUCUGAGCCAGAGCUCUCCAAGUCUCUGGAGCUCCUAGGAAGGUGUGAGGCCCUCGAGAGGAAAACGGUGACCUUUGAGAACAUUGUCUGCGUGCUCAAUCGAGAGGUGGAAAGAGUAUCUCUAACAGCUGAAGCAUAUAGUCGGCAACAUCGACUAGACCAGGAGAAAAUCGAAACACUGAGUAACAAGGUUCGGCAGCUGGAAAGGAGCAUUGGACUCAAAGAUCUGGCCAUGGCCGAGAUGGAGGAAAAGAUCCGCAACCUGGAAGCUUCCACCUACGAUGGUGUUUUCAUCUGGAAGAUAACGGAAUUUGCCAGGAAACGUCAGGAGGCGAUAACAGGCCGCUCUCCCGCUAUCUUCUCUCCAGCUUUCUACACAAGCAAGUAUGGCUACAAGAUGUGUCUGCGUGUUUAUCUGAAUGGGGACGGCACCGGGCGUGGGACCCAUCUGUCUCUCUUCUUUGUGGUAAUGAAAGGCCCCAAUGAUGCACUUCUGCGAUGGCCCUUCAACCAGAAGGUGACCCUGAUGCUUUUGGAUCAGAACAACCGAGAGCACAUUAUCGAUGCCUUCCGACCUGAUGUGACAUCCUCCUCCUUCCAGCGACCCAUCACUGAAAUGAACAUUGCCAGUGGCUGCCCGCUCUUCUGCCCCGUCUCCAUGAUGGAAGCCAAGAAUUCCUACGUACGUGAUGACGCCAUCUUUAUUAAAGCCAUUGUAGAUCUCACGGGCCUCUAACCCUCCUCGCCUCCAGGAGCAGUGAGCGCAGAGCCAGCCCCGAGUGGGGCAUCCUCCCUCUCACGCUGCCCUUCAGGCAGGCCUUGGAGUGAGGGGGGCAAAAAGUGGAAGGGGAAAAGCCCGGAGCUGUCCCCUUCUCAAAAAGGGACCUUCUCCACUCCGAGUGGAAACAAGGUGUCUGAUGGGAACCUCCUUCCCUGGUGUCAGAGAGUCCUUUCCUGAGAAGUUUGGGUGUAUGUUCACAGUCUGCAGGGUACAGGAAUAUUUCCUGCAGGGACUUGGAUAUCUGAGCUGCCAGUGUCCGGUUUUCAAGUGGAAACAAGCGCAGCUUUUGCUCUACCAGUUCAGUGCACAGCUUCAGUGCUCUGUAGCAAAACAAGGUUUGGCCUGCCCAAGCACCGUCUUAUGUGGAUGUUUGGCUCAGCCUUCUGGGUUUUUCUUCAGAGAUCUCUGUGUUGCUGGAAACUUGGUUUGCUGAAGGAAUGCCAUUGCUCUGGGCUGCUGGCUGGUUUGUGCUUUGGUAUAUGGGGAAGGUGUAGGGCAGAUUUAGCUGCCAAGCUGGGCUUGAGCACUAAGUGGGGCCUUUGGAGAGAGGACUGUUUUGCCACUGUUUUGUUGGCCCUGUUGCUGCUGAGCCAGGCUGCAUGGAGGAGCGGUACCCUGUUUCUGGCUGUAGUUGGGUUCUUGAUCACAUGUGCUCUGAACAGUCUGAUGGCAGCGGGGGACAGUGCAGACAGUAUCAGCAGCUGCCUACCUAGAGGAGAGCGUGUGGGCAGCACUGAGGAUUUCCGCAGUGAAAGAAAGAAAAGAAUCCCCCUAGAGACUGCCCCCCUAUCCUGGAGGGUAACCGCAGGGCUUGCAGGACUCCGGCCACCUGAGAUGUCCAUGCCCCAUGGAGGUUUCUUAGCCAGAUCCUGCCAUUCUCCGUCUGCCUGUCUGCCUGAGUCUGAGCAGCAGUGGGGAGGGAUGGUGGCAGGGCUGGAAGCUGCCUUUGCUUGCACAGAAGCACUCCUGAGCUGGCUUUCAUCUCCAUCCCUGGGAAGCUGCAGCAGCACAGGCAUAGGAACCUUCCCAGGCUCCUGGGCACUUUCCAGUUGCUGAAGCUCUGCUGCCAUCUGUACCUGAUGCCCAGAUACAUCUGCACAUACUCUGCCACCUCGGAGGCUGCAAUGCUGAUGGAGCCAUGACACAUCUCCUUGUUCACCUUCAUGGUGAGCUGCUGCUGGCCAGCCCCUGCCCUCCCACUGCACUUUAGUCCGGGCAGUUAUGUGCUGGGUUUGCCAAGCUGGCAAGGCCAACCCCCAUGUGGGAUUCCCUGAUCUCUGGGAUCCAAUAUCCAGUGGCUCCUGGUUAGUGUGCUCUCUCCGUUCAGCCUCUUGGCCUGUUAGAGAGUUUGCAACUGCUUGCUUAAGACCUGGGAAGGCCAGGAAAGUCCCUGCGUGAAGCCUGCUGGCUCCUUUUCUGUCUCUGGGCUUUCUGCGCUGCUCCCUUAUGGGCGGCAAGUAUUCUGCAUCUUUAUCUGAGCUAAAGUCUUUGUAUUUCGUGGAGAAGUGUAUUUUGUUUUGCGAUGUGUCUCUGGCAUGGCCAGCUAGUCCUUUUAGAGUUGCUUUGUGGUGGCCACUUGUAACUCUAGAGUGACUGUUAGCCAGGUUGGACUCUUAAGGCUUUCUGCCUUUUCUUCCUGUUUUUUUUCCUCAUCCCUGUCAACCUCCAAACAUGCCCUGGAAGACGUUUGGUCACAGGAGCCAGCUAGCUGGCUGCUGAGCCCAAUUGCACUAGUAGUUACUCCCCAAAGGUGCCCUGGCCCUGUCCAGCUCCUGUACUACUCCUCUGGCCUGGAGGACAGGCAAGGAGGCUGUCGUAACUGCCUGGAGAGCCAUGACCCCUCUGCCACUAGCAGCUGGGAUCUGCUGCCUCUGCGUGAGGAGAGUGAAUUCUCCUUGGAACAGGCAGCAGCAAUUGCUGCUAGCGAACCAAAAAGCAAUUGCGCGUGAAGCUGCGGUGCGCUCCGUGGAGGAAGGCCCAAAGCCCCGCUGCGGCAGCAGGUCCGUGCCUGGUGCCAAGCCCUGGGUGGGUGCCAGGCUGAGGCUCUUCUUCCUGCCAGCCUGAUAAAUACAGAAUUUUCCCUGCUCUGAGCUGUUGCCCUGCUUGUGGCUUCUGCUGUCCUUUUGCUUUGGUGUGUUGGUCCCACCCUCUGAUCCCUCCAGCUGGGUCCAGAAGUCUAUCAGUGGAGAGGAGCUCUGACCCCAGCUGGAGAGCCCUGCUUGGCUCACAGGAAUGAGGACAGCUGUCCUGCAGCUCCCUGCUCAAUGAUAGCUGCACUGACUGCGUGCUCCUGCUUGGCCCCAGAAGCUGGGAGGUGCUCAGCAUCGCUGGGCUUGAGGUCAGUUCUGCACCUGCUGGUCCUGGGGCCUCUGCCCCACCUGUAAAUAGGCCCAGGAGUUGGUUGCUGGCUCUGCUCCUGGCCACCAGCCCAAGUCGUGGCCUCUGCAACAGCCUGCUGGGGCUUUGCUGUCUGCUCAGCCCCCGGCGUGGUUUGAGUGUCCCUGCAGGGCUGUGGCUGCUGACCUGCCCCUGUGCAGCAGGUCCUGCGUGGCUGGCCUGGGGGUUAACUGCCAGAAGGUGGUUUGUUGUCAGAGGGAAACUGGAUGAGGCCUGUGCAAGUGCUGUACCCGUGCAGCGAUGGCUGUCGGAGGGCCCUGGGAGGGACCUCUGGUGAGUAUGGAAGGUGCCUUGCGCCUACUGUACCUGGGUCACCGAUGCGGCUUCUCCAGUUUGGUGGGUAUCUCAGUUUGAUCCUGACCCAAGCUGAGUCUCAGGUACCCCAAAGGUGCUGUGCUGGCUGGGUGGCUCUCCCUGCCUGUGGAAGGGUGCUGGGAUGAUUUUUGAGCCCCUGUUUAGAGUCUCCAUGGAGGUCUGACCACCAUGCUUGUUGCAGUAGCUCUUGUACUCUGGCCCAGCGUGCAGCUGUGCAAAGGCCGUAGCUCAGGGCAGACUCUGCUGUUUCGGUAGGGGCAGGGGCACAGGUGGAGGUGGUGCCCUGGGGCUGCCGGUGGGGCAGGAGGAGACACAGCAGUCGUGUAUCAAGGCAGCUUCUGCUCCCUGCCUGCAACGGUUGGAGGAGUGCUGGCUGCAGGGGCUGGCCUGGUCCCUCCCCUGGGCUGAGGGUUUACUGCUUUUUAUAAGGUCAGUGGAAGAUAGUGGGAGCAGUUAUGAUUGGAAGUAAAAAUGACCCCCAGGCUCCAGCUGCUUCAGGCUUGAGCCAGAACACACUGGACAGGCCAAGGGGGGGGGGAGGUUGCAGGAUGCCACUUGCUUCCCUUUCCCUCGGUGCGGUUUCUGCAGCUGUGGUGCCUGCAUGCCCCCCCAUCCCCCCCCCCACCCCAUGUCACACAGCCCCUCUCUGCGCCCCUGCUUUGUGAAAAGGUGAGGGCUGCAGUCCGGGCAGGGGCUGCCCAGGUCUUCCCAAGUGCAGACGGUCAGUGGAUGGGACGUCCACCUGGAGUUGCCCCUUGCAGAACCAAGUGGGACUGGGGAGGGCUGCUGCUGCUUGCACCCUGCCUUGCUCCUGCAUCUUUAAGCCCCCCACCUUGCUCUUGGCUCUUCUGGGAGGUGGGAGAGCGAUACCCAAUGUCAGGACCUCCUUACAUUGUGCACAGAUCUCCUUUCCUGGCCCUCUUUGAGCAUGUCCUAAAGGAGAGAUAGAGCCAUUGCCACUAUCACCCUAUUGCCUUAGGAGGAAAAAAGCCUAGCGAAGAUGCCUGAUCAAGGCCAAGGAGAUGGUGCUGGGACAGCACUGCUAUCCAUGGCAGCUUUCCACAGCCAGGCCGCGCAGGCGAUUUAUGUGCUGAUGCUGUGAUGUGAAAGGGAGGGGGUUCCUGCCCAGCAGAGGCCUAGGAAGGACCUGGAAAGGAGGAGGAAAAUCGUCUCUGCUAGUAUAGAAGUUGGAAAUGAAGUGUAUUAUGGUGGGAGAGGGAGGGAAAGCUUGAUAAAAAUUGAUGUGAAUGUCUUUGCUUUUGGGGUACGGAGCAGCCAGCAACUGCAAGGGGGGGGGGGGGCAGAUUGCUAUGGCGUAGUGCCUGUGAGAUGCCUGGGGAGAUGCUAGCUCAGCUGAUGGGGUGCGGUAAGGGCUGUCUUCAGUGGUUCGGUGCACUCUCCUGCAGUAGCAAAUACCUGGAAGGCAAAGAGGAGGUUCUGGUCUAGGUGCAGAAAUCAGUUUUAGCCCUUUCCAGCCUAUGAUAAGGAUUAGUUGGGGCUGUGUUGCUCUUGGAGAGGGCACAGCAGACACCACAGCAGACACUAUGCUCCUGUGACAAGCCUUUGCUGGCCUUGGUGUUGCCUUUGGACAGUGUUUCCAUGGCUAUGGAAUGGAAGAGCUGGUGCUGCAAACUCUGUCCAGCCCUCUUUCAUUUUUUGGCAGUUCUGGAGCUUUCAGGGUUAAGUCUAUUGUGUUGCUUGAGGCUGACUAGACUCUGCUGGAAGGGUUGCAGCUCUGAAGGCCUUUCUGGAACAUAGACACUUGGCAAAAGACACAGCUUUUUUUUGUGCCUCCCCCCCCCCCCCCCCUUUUCUCCUCUCCUCCUUCUCCUCUUCCUUUGGCCACAGUUAUCUGAGGACACCCAUCUCAGGCUAUCAAUGUGAAAUAAGUUUUUCUCUAUGAUAUUAAUGGUCAGAAACCACUAAUAAAAGCAGUUUGAAGAGUG